AUGAUGUCUCGGGACAUAUUUCUCGAAAAAUUACUUGGAGAGGUUGAACGCGGGGAUCAGAGUGGGAAACAAUCCUACUAUUCUGACUCUCCAGGUGGCCCUGCGGAAAUACCUGCCUCGGCCGAAAACGUACAACUGAAUCUACCUCGUCAAAGAAUGGCCAAAUUUGAGUUCCCUUUCAACGAUGAUGACGAAGAAUAUACAAGUGACGAGGAGGAUGGCGAAAAAUAUGCUUCUCAUUCGCUACUAGUUCGCUUAGCAUGGAUCAUAUAUGCCAUUUUGCCGAUUUUAGCAAUUAUUGUCUUUUUGAUGACAUAUUACUCAUCUUUUGUUCUGAAUUUAUUCAGUUUCAGUGAUCGCCCUAGCAAUCGAUAUUAUCCGGAUUUUCCCUCAGGCUAUAAAAGCGAGUCAGGAAGUUAUGACGAUUACAACAUUGAGUUUUUUGACUUGCAACAAGCUGCAUCAUCCUCCCCAGAUGGAUGGAAUCACGAGGAAAGGGUUCUUUUCUGUGUUCCGUUGAGAGACGCGGCUCCACACUUGUCAAUGUUUUUUGGGCAUAUGAGAAACUUGACUUAUCCGCACAACCUUAUUGACCUUGCCUUCUUAAUCUCUGACACUUCCGAUUCGACCAUCAAAGAUCUGAAAAGAGAACUGAAAAAUAUACAGUCUGAUAAAGACCCCAGGAUGCAUUUUGGUAGAAUUAAUAUCUACGAAAAAGACUUCGGGCAAAUUAUUGGCCAGUCAUUUAGUGACCGUCAUGGAUUCCAAGCCCAAGGUCCUAGACGUAAGUUGAUGGCGAUUGCCAGAAACUGGUUACUGGUCACUGCUUUGCGUCCUGAUCACUCUUGGGUCUAUUGGAGAGACGCGGACGUUGAAACGGUGCCGCCUACUAUCAUCGAGGAUUUAAUGCAUCAUGACAAAGACGUGAUUGUCCCGAACAUUUGGCGUCCUUUGCCCGAUUGGUUGGGCUACGAACAGCCUUAUGAUUUAAAUUCCUGGCAGGAAAGUGAAGGAGGAAUUGAGUUGGCAGAUAAACUGGACGAAGAUGCAGUCAUUGUAGAAGGCUACCCUGAAUAUGCAACCUGGAGGACACAUUUGGCAUACUUAAGAGACCCGUAUGGUGAUCCCGAGGUUGAGAUGGAGCUUGAUGGAAUCGGAGGAGUCUCUAUCCUGAGCAAGGCCCAUGUGUUCCGCAGCGGUGCCAUGUUUCCAGCAUUUUCAUAUCUCAAGCAUGCAGAGACUGAGGGUUUUGGAAAGCUUUGUCGUACAAUGAAUUUCUCUGUCAUAGGUUUGCCUCACUACACAAUCUGGCAUAUUUAUGAGCCUUCGUCCGAUGACAUCCAACACAUGAAAUGGAUGGCCGAGGAGGAGACCAAUAGACUCGAGAAAGCAAAGAUUCAAAAGCUAUAUGAUAAAAUUUGGAUGAAAGCAUUUGAGGAGGUGAAUUCCGAAUGGAAUGGUUUGAAAUUCAACGUUUUCAAGAAUACUGACGUUAGAAGGGACGUGAGCAUUGACUGGAGCGAGGUGGACGAAUAUUUACAGGACUUUGACGAAGAAGGGCUAGAAGAAGCUGAUGCGAAUACCAACAAAGAUUUCGGAGUUGAAGAUAUGAGCAAGGAUGUGGAAUCUGCUCUGCUUGAAAAAUUGAAGAGUAAGAAGCUUCGCCAGGAAGAGGAAAACCACCAGGAAGAACUCUUUGGUCAUUUUCCGCUGAAUCCGUACGUCAGCGGUAAGAAUGGAAAAAAUUACAGGUUUGUCAAAUUUAAGAAGACGAAUGACCUCGACAUCAUCAAUUCCAAUGUUAAUGAUGAGCUCAAGCACAAACAGGAGCAAGAAAUGAAGGAAGAUCUGAUAAACGAAUUGAGAGAAGAGCGAAUGCACCAGCAGCAAGACAAGCAAGAACCUCAGAAGAUAAGCGAGGGACAAGAAACUAAAGCUGGAGAGGACACUAAAGAUUCGGAAGGCCUAUACAAAAAUAAAAUAGCCGAAAACCACCAGGAGAUACAUGUCCUAGAAGAGCUCUACAAGGAUAGCGAAAAGCAACAGAAGGAUGAUGAACUACAUCGUCUGCGAGCACUCGCAGAAGCUAAGAAGGCACGGAAAUUGGCCAGGAUGAAGGCAGCAGAGGAAGAAAAAAACAGAAGGAAUCAAAUUGCCGUUCAGAGGGAGAUGGAAAGACGGCGAAAGAUGGGUUUAGUUCAAGAAUAA